CAAAUGGCCCCGCCCGGGCGGCUCUCGCACCGGGCCCCCUACACACCUCACUUUUCACCCCGCUUCGACUGGGUCCCCUCUUCUCCUCCUCUUCUUCCGUCAACCUCCCUUCGCCUGCGCCUCGCCCCGCGCCCGACCCCUCUCCGGCCCUCGGUCGUUGGCUUUUUCUUUCCGACCCCCCCCACCCCCACCUCGCCGUCCUGCACCAUGGCCCGGCUUCCGGACCCGCUGGACUCGAUGGGCUUCCACCUGGCUGAGAAGCUCGUCGUCGCUUUUGCCGGGUUGGUGAUCGGCGUCUCGCUGAUUGCCAUCCUCUUCACCCUCUACCACCGAAACUGGCCUCCCAUCAAGGCCAAGCAGCCAAGUCUCAUGUUUUUCGCCUGGGUCGGCGGCUCCUGCUUCCUCAUCGGCACCCUUUACAGCAACCGUGUGUUCCCGGUCAUCGACGGCUUCAAGGGCUGCGCUUUCUUCCACUACUGGAUCCAGGUCCCGAUGGGUGUGUCCUUCUACCUGACGGCCUGCUUCUACCGCCUUCUGCGAAUUUACCUCAUCUUCAAGGCCCGGCACCUGCACACCACCAAGUUCAUCAUUGCCCUGGUGGCGGCCAUCUACCUGCCCUUCAUCAUCUUCGGCAUUGUGUACACCAUCUUCGAGUGGGGUGGCCCGGUGGACAUUGACGGCUACAUGAUUUGCCUGACCCCCAUCCUGGCGCUGAUCAUCAAGUUCUCGCUGAUUGGCAUGCAGGUCAUCUGCUUGACGACGCUCACUUUCAUGACGCGGUCCAUCCGUCAUAAGGUCUUCUCCGAGUACAACGCCGUCAUGAACUCCAUGCUUGUGCACCUGGUGGCCUUCGUGCUGUUCACCAUCAUCUCGAUGCUCGGCCUGCAGUUCACCCUCUGGGGCCGGUGCCUGCUCGGCUGCCUGGUGUCCGUGGUCAUCGUCGUCAACCAGGCGUCCAUCAUCUAUGUGCCGCUGUACCAUCGCAUCGUCGACCCCGAGGAGUACCUUGCCAAGUUCCAGGCGCAAAUCUUCAACCCCUCGCUCGGGGCCAAGUUUGGCUCGCAGUUCUCCGGGUCCUCGCACCCCGGCGCCUCCGGCACCGGCUACGAUGAGCACGGCCUCACCAGCAGCACUUCCAUCUCGGAGACCGGGGCCCCGGAGAAGGGCGGCGACUCGCCCAUCAUCCCCGGCACCAUCAUCGGUGGCAAUGGCAUCUCCCACUGCUACGAGCUCAAGUCCCUGGACGGGUCCUCCUCGUACCAUCCGCACCCGGAUGCCAGCCACCCCGGCCUGCACGAGGACGACACCGCGUACAUGGUGGCCUCGGCGGCCGGCGCCACCGCUCCCGACGGGCAGUCUUACUACCCGAGCGAGGCCGAGUCUGCCGCCGACGUCGAGUCACUCCCACACCAUGGUGCUGAUAUGGGGUCCGAUGUCGAGGCCGAUGCCCAUGCCGACCCCCACCACCACCACCACCACCACCACUAUGUGGACCGCCACACUCCCGAGGACGAUGUCGAGGCCCGUGUCACCUCCAUCCCCCCGGCCGCUGGGGCCUCCUCUUCUUCCUCUGACAAGGGGGAGGAGUCCGACGCCUCGUCGGUGGACAUUCCUCCGCCGAGCAUGAUUGAGGAGACGCCCGAUUCCGCGUCGGCCACUCCCAAGGCCGCUGUCCCGGCUGUCGAUGCGCGCCAGUCCACCUCAUCCCUCGCCGCGUCCACCCGGUCUUCAGUGGCCUCCUUCUCGUCCUCGGUCGCCGGUGGCAGUGAUGGGGACAAUGACGAGUCGGUGAUCUAAGUCUCCCCCUGCUCGAGCAUGUGCCGUCCUCCUCCCCGCACAAAGGCAUGCUUCCGUAUGCGCAUGCAUGUGGCCGGGAGUGGUGCUUCUCCCUGCCCGCUCCCUGCUCUCGCGGGGUCCCAUGGCUUGGCAUCCCCUCCCUCUCUUUAUCGAUCGAUCGAUCGAUCUCUCCUUCUCUCCCCCUCUGUGUAGGCGCCUGCAUCUGCCUGUCCACCGGCAGGGGGAGGGGGAGAAAAAAAAACCCCAUCCCUGUCCUUGCCCCCUCUGAAAACCGAAAAGAAAAAAGCGCCCUCUCCCUUGUGCGGCGCAUAGUCGCGCCCUCGGCGCACAAUACAGUUUCCCCUUUCCC